AUGUCCGCUAGCCCUAUCUACCUUGGUGUCAUUGGAGUCGGAGGCGUUGGCACUGCCUUCCUCCAACAGCUUGCUCGUCUCCCCAAUGCGCCUCAGCUUGUCGUCCUUGCCCGUUCCUCCCAGACCCUCCUUGCUCCCACUCCUGCCUAUUCGCCCGCCAUCCCCGCCGCUGACUGGGCCACAGCUUCUGCUGCACCUUCUCUGACCAAGAGCGGCGCCCUCCAGGCCGAGGAGAUUGCCACAUACCUUGCCGCAGCCCCCGGCCGGGCCAUUCUGGUCGAUAACACUUCCGAUAUUAGCCUCGCCCGGCAAUACCCCACAUUCCUCAAGAAGGGCAUCUCAGUGGUGACCCCCAACAAGAAGGGUUUCUCCGAUGACCUGUCCCUGUGGAAGGAUAUCUUUGCCUCUGCAGCUGAGGGCAAGGCGCUCGUGUACCACGAGAGCACCGUCGGCGCCGGCCUUCCCGUGUUGUCCACCUUGAAGGACCUGGUGGCCACCGGUGACGAGGUCACCCGCAUUGAGGGUGUCUUCUCUGGCACUCUGUCCUUCCUCUUCAACACCUUCGCCCCUGCAUCAGGAUCUUCCGAUGCUCAGUGGAGCGCCGUCGUCGCCCAGGCUAAGGAGCUGGGCUACACCGAGCCGGAUCCUCGUGAUGACCUGAACGGCAUGGACGUUGCCCGCAAGCUGACUAUCCUGGCCCGUAUUGCUGGUCUGGAGGUUUCCCGCCCCGACUCUUUCCCCAUUGAGUCACUGAUCCCCGCUGAGCUCGAAUCUCUGCCUUCAUCCGCGGACGGCAUUACCCAGUUCAUGACCCGCCUCCCUGAGUUCGAUGCCCAGAUGGCCAACAUCAAGGAGACUGCCGAGAAGCAGGGCAAGGUUGUGCGCUACGUUGGUAGCAUUGAUGUCGCUGCCAAGGCUGUCAAGGUCGGUCUGCAGUACUUCGAUAAGGACAGCGCUAUCGCUGGUCUGAAGGGCAGUGACAACAUUAUCAGCUUCUACACCAAGCGCUACGGUGCCAACCCCCUGAUUGUUCAGGGUGCCGGUGCCGGUGGUGAUGUUACUGCCAUGGGUGUUUCGGCCGAUCUUAUCAAGGUUGUCGAGCGCCUGCGCUAA